AUAAAUCUCUCUCUCUCUCUCUAACAUUCGCACGUACCCGAGAAACUUUCACUCUUUUUCCUUCGUUGAUCUGAGCUUUGGUUGACGGAGCUCCUGCUUCAGUUGGGUAUCCAUGAAAUUUGGCAAGAGGUUGAAGCAGCAGAUCCAAGAGACAUUGCCCGGAUGGUGCGACAAGUUCCUGUCCUACAAGGAGCUGAAGCAGCUGGUGAGGCUCAUCUCCUCGGCGCCGGGAGGGAUGGCGGGGGGCUGCGGCUCUUACGGCAAGGCCGAGGCCGAGUUCAUGUACUUGCUGCACGGCGAGAUCGAGAAGUUCAACUCCUUCUUCGUCGAGAAGGAGGAGGAUUUUAUUAUCCGGCACAGGGAGCUUCAGCAGAGGAUCCAGAGAGGGGUUAGCACUUGGGGGGAGAAAGGAAGUCACCCUUCGGAGAAGCUUUACAAGGAGGAGAUGACCAAAAUCAGGAAGGACAUCAUCGACUUCCACGGCGAGAUGGUGCUGCUAAUGAACUACAGCAACAUCAACUACACAGGUCUAGCCAAGAUACUGAAGAAGUACGACAAGCGGACGGGCGGGCUGCUCCGCCUGCCUUUCAUACAGAAGGUCCUGGAGCAACCCUUCUUCACGACCGACCUCGUGUCGAAGCUGAUCAAGGAAUGCGAGAGCACGAUCGACGCGGUUUUCCCCAUGGAGGAGCGCAAGAAGGCGAGACCCGACGGGGAGGCAGGAGUCUCCGACUCUGUGGCCGGAGAUGGGAUCUUCCGGAACACCGUGGUCGCUCUGAGGACGAUGCAGGAGAUGAGGAAAGGGAGCUCGACGAUCAGCCAAUUCUCUCUGCCCCCUCUCAACCUGCCGGACUCCGAUCUCGCCCGAUUCUUGCAGCUUAAUUCUCCUAUACAGAUUUCUUGAUGGCUAGGAUACUUUGUGAUUAGUCAUUACCACAAUAUAUGAUGCUACCGGCGACAUUGCGACGUGUUCUCACGUGCCUUUCGAGAUGUGUACCAUCCACGACGAGUAAGCUACAGGCUUUUAUAAGUAGAGAUUAGAGAGAAACUGACUUGUAUGAUCCGAAUCUUUGCCACAACCUGAUAUGGAUGCAAUAAGCUAUAAUUAAGUCGUGCUAUUAUCAAACCCGUCUGUUAAUUUCGUUUA